AUGACGGGGGAGGGCCGCGAGGAAGUCUGCGGUUAUUCGGAGUCCCCAGACCUGGAGUUUGAAUACGCAGAUACCGACAAAUGGGCAGCAGAGCUCUCUGAGCUCUACAGCUACACGGAAGGGCCAGAGUUCCUGCUCAACCGCAAGUGCUUCGAGGAGGACUUCAGGAUCCACGUGCGGGACAAGAAAUGGACGGAGCUGGACAAGAACCAGCACCGCACUCACGCCAUGCGGCUUCUCGACGGGCUGGAGGUCACUGCGCGGGAGAAGAGGCUGAAGGUUGCCCGAGCCAUCCUUUACGUUGCCCAAGGCACGUUUGGGGAGUGCGGCUCCGAGGCCGAGGUGCAGGCAUGGAUGAGGUACAACAUCUUCCUCCUGCUGGAAGUGGGGACGUUCAACGCUUUGGUGGAGCUGCUGAACAUGGAGAUUGAUAACAGCGCGGCUUGCAGCAGUGCCGUGAGAAAGCCGGCCAUCUCCCUGGCUGACAGCACGGACCUGAGGGUGCUGCUGAACAUCAUGUACCUGAUCGUGGAGACUGUUCGGCAGGAGGCCGAGGGGGACAAGCCCGAGUGGAAGAGCAUGAGACAGACCUUCCGAGCAGAGCUGGGAGCCCCCCUGUACAACAACGAGCCCUUCUCCGUCAUGCUCUUUGGGAUGGUGACCAAAUUCUGCAGCGGCCACGCUCCGCACUUCCCCAUGAAGAAGGUGCUGCUGUUGCUCUGGAAAACUGUGCUGUGCACCCUGGGGGGCUUUGAGGAGCUCCAGAGCAUGAAGGCAGAGAAGCGGGAGAUCCUGGGCCUCCCGCCGCUCCCAGAGGACAGCAUUAAAGUGAUCCGCAACAUGCGAGCUGCCUCCCCGCCCGCGUCCGCCUCCGAUCUGAUCGAGCAGCAGCAGAAGCGAGGCCGGCGGGAGCACAAGGCCCUGAUUAAGCAGGAUAACCUCGAUGCCUUUAACGAGCGGGACCCUUACAAAGCUGAUGACCCCCGUGAGGAAGAGGAGGAAAAUGAUGACGACAACAGCCUGGAGGGAGAGACCUUCCCCCUGGAACGGGAUGAAGUGAUGCCUCCCCCCACCCAGCAUCCCCCCAGCGACCGCAUCACCUGCCCCAAGGGGCUGCCCUGGGCCCCCAAGGUCCGAGAGAAGGACAUAGAGAUGUUCCUGGAGUCCAGCCGCAGCAAGUUCAUCGGCUUCCCUCUGGGCAGUGACACCAACACCGUGGUGGGCUUGCCCAGGCCCAUCCACGAGAGCAUCCGGACCCUGAAGCUGCACAAGUACACGUCGAUCGCAGAGGUGCAAGUGCACAUGGAGGACGAGUACCUGCGCUCCCCGCUUUCCGGGGGGGAAGAAGAAGUGGAGCAAGUCCCUGCAGAGAUCCUGUACCAGGGCCUCCUGCCAAGCCUGCCACAGUACAUGAUCGCUCUGCUGAAGAUCCUCCUUGCCGCCGCCCCCACCUCCAAAGCCAAGACGGACUCCAUCAACAUCCUGGCAGAUGUCUUGCCGGAGGAGAUGCCGACCACAGUGCUGCAGAGCAUGAAGCUAGGGGUGGAUGUCAAUCGGCACAAGGAGAUCAUCGUCAAAGCCAUUUCCGCCGUGCUGCUCCUCCUGCUCAAGCACUUCAAGCUGAAUCACAUCUACCAGUUUGAGUACAUGGCCCAACAUCUGGUCUUCGCCAACUGCAUCCCGCUCAUCCUGAAGUUCUUCAACCAGAACAUCAUGUCCUACAUCACUGCCAAGAACAGCAUUUCCGUCCUGGACUACCCGUACUGCGUGGUGCACGAGCUGCCGGAGCUGACGGCAGAGAGCCUGGAAGCAGGAGACAACAACCAGUUUUGCUGGAGGAACCUCUUCUCCUGCAUAAACCUCUUGCGCAUCCUGAACAAGCUGACCAAGUGGAAGCACUCCCGCACCAUGGGCACCUGGACUGGGUGA